AUUCGGGAACCGAGCAAUGUUUUGCUUCCGCUUUGCUUCUCUGCGAGCGAGCCACCUUGCCCGUUUUUAAAAUGCUUUGGGUUUUUUUAGUUACAUUCAUAUACAAUUCCACGCCAAUUAUGUGGCUAUUUUAAGACGUACUGAAUCCGUUUGUUGUGCAAAACCCUGCUACAACUAUCAAGUUAGAUAGUUCGCAAAAUUCUGGUAACUACAGUUCUUCCGCUUUCAGUGACACUAGCGAGCAAGUGUUCUUAAAUGUACUGUAACAUUCUAUUACAGGAGUCGUCCAGUUACAUGAUUAUACAUCUGUAGACCAAUUGUUCGAAAAUGGAUGUUCGUAUAUCACUAUCGGUCUCUUUGCUGAGAGACCAACUGGGAGCCGUAAUCGAGCAUGCGGUGACCAACGCGGUGGAAACGGUGCUGGAGGAGAUGUUUAAAGUUGUGGGCUGUAAAUUCGAGGAGUUCGGCAAAGAAAUGACGGCGAAAGAAAGGGAGAAUGAGAGCAUCAGAAAAAUGCUGGAAGUAUCACGGUGCCAGAUGAAAACCAUGCGAAAAUAUCUGAGUGCCGUUAGCGCCAAGGACGAGCGACAAGUUCCAGUAAACCACAAGUUCGGCAAACAGAGCGAGCCGAACAGGACUGUGUGUCCACAUGGGGGGAAAAAGAGCAUUAAAGAGCACUUAACUCACGUAAAAGAGGAGCACAGGGACCCCCCGGAGGGGUCUGGCGGGUGCCACGGUAGAGAGGAAACCUGCGAGACUGAGUUUUCCCAGGGGGGGUCCGCAGGCAUCCUCGAUUUCGACAUCCCCUCCCUUCACGAGCUAGACGGCAUUGCCGCGGCAACCACCGGGAUGUUCCCACAGGUGAAAGAGGAGGAGCCAGAGAUGCAGCUGACCUGCAUAAAGGAGGAGCCCCUGGAGCUGGAGAUGCACACACUGAACCCCCACACCCCUGACCAUCUCAGCGACCCAUCCCGCGAGCGGGGGAGCGGUUGGGACAGGGCGGGGCCGGUGGCUGGUCCGGCGGGUGCGGCCCUUACCGCCAUGAGCUCCUCCACAUGCUGGGCCGGCCGGCAGCACAGGACGGGGCUACAUCAGCAGAGGGCGGAGCUACACCAGCAGAGGGCGGAGCUACACCAGCAGAGGGCGGAGCUGCAGCAGCAGAGGGCGGAGCUGAAGCGGCGUGGCCAGCUGAUGGCGGCGCUGGAGCAGGAGCGCAGGGCGAAGACGCGCAUCCGCGUAGCGCGCUGGCGCGCCAAGCGCAAAAUGCAGGCGGCGGGCCUCCCGGCGCCGCAGCCUGGGCGGCAGGCCGAGGGUGGCGUGCCGCGGCGGCGCCAGCAGUACUCCAGCCUGCUGUACGGCGGCCCCCGCCGCCGCAGCAACCGCGUCCUCUACCCUCCGCUGCGUGUAGGACAGGAGCUGGCGGACGCGCUGGCAGAGCCCGAAGUGGUGGCGGUGCAGCAGGGCAUUCUGGGAACAGACUCGGAGCUCUUCCUGUAGAGCUGGUUCGAGGGCUGAGAAUUUCAGGUUUUUAUGGCUGUGAUAGUCCACCAGCGGCAAAGACAGUUCAUUAAUGAGAGGGCUUGGAGGAAGGACUUGGACAGAGGGGAACAAGAGCUCAGCUCCUGGAAGAGUUCCUGUUUCCCGACUAUUUUCCACUCUACAGAAUGAACGGUCUAGAGCUGUGCCCGUCUGAUAAAUCAGCGAUGUCUACACUAAACCUGCUUAACAAAUUACCCCUUUAAAUCAACUCCCAUAAAAGGCACAAUCAAGCCCUUUUAAAUAAUGAAGAUACU